AUGGCACAAGCUCGUGUUGCGGUCAAAGAAGGCGCAGAGCAGCAGCCGUCUCACGCAGCAAUCGACAAUGGCAAUCCUGCGAACCUCAAGCCAAAGUACCUCGUUCUUGAUGAUAUCAACAUUGACCUCAUCACCGUCGGCGUCACUACCUGCACGCUUAUCUCCAUCUUCGCUUUCCAUUUUCCAACGGUAAUAUAUUCUUGUCCUGCUCUCAUAACCGGAGCGUCGAGCGGUAUCGGCGCAGAACUGAGCUACAUAUUUGCUGAACGUGGCCACGAUCUGAUCUUGGUCGGAAGGAACGAGGAUCAACUGGACGCCGUCAAGAGCAAUGUAGAGAAGAAGUACAGAAAGACCGCGUAUACCAUCGCGUCGGAUCUGUCUCUCCCGGGCGCGGCGAUGUAG